CAAAAACUGGUGUCUCGGCCACCUCAACGAGUCGUUAUCGCGUGGGGGAACCCUACCAAUGGCUGGGCUGGUGCGGCUGAGCCACACCCGAGCAGGAAGAGAACCGGCCACCAGUUUUCGUCCCCCUGUCGCCGAGGACGCUUUGUGUUUCGUGCUGUUGCUUACUGAUGGACAUUUUUGCGUCAAACAUCAAGUAAUACACCCAUAUAAGCUGUGACACGCGUGCAAUGGUUUGAUGAGAACAUUGAUGUGUCUCAUACACCUCACCCCUCCAACCAACCUUUGAGAGGCGGUCUGGUUAGCCUUCACGCGGUCCUCGGUCUGCAGUGCUGUCCAUCUACCAGGGUCUGGUUACACCUGUCUGAGGACUCCACUCGGUGCACAGCACGACGCCAGGAUGAGGUCACAGUGGAAGCUGCCAGCUGCAGCACUAGUGCCAAUGUGGUAAGGACGUCAUCGGUGACGGGGGAGUCCGCGCCCCGCGCAGUGAUGGCCACCAGGCACAUCCUCGUCUUCCUGGGCUUCCUCGGAUUCACCAUCAUUUACAUGCUGCAACUAAAUUUGUUGGUAGCGCUGCCCAUCAUGGUGAACCACACAGCCAUCAUCGGCCACGACUACGCUCUCUCCCGGAUGGGGAUUCAGGUCGUGGUGAAGGACGAUCAGAUGAUGCACUUUGGGAAUAAUCCCGAACUAGGGAUGACCCCACGGGAAGAUAACACCUCGUCUCGCACUGUCGUGGGCCACGGAGACGUGCCGAAGCUCUCCAGGCGGGGCAAAGUAAUAUCCCGGCAUGGACCUGUCAGACUGGGCAGCGUCUUCGGUCACCAGAUUGCCCCGGUCACCUCUAAGGAAGUUGUGCCCGGCAAGGUAGGGGCUGCCAACACAAAGCUAGACACUCGAGGGAGUCAGCACGUCAACGAACCUACCACCACUGCACCUUUCGACGAAGCGACCACAACUCUCGCGCCCGAGGAGAUGACCACAGUGAUUUACGAUGGCGAGGAGCGGUACACAACGGUGGUGAGUGAGGACGGAGAUCCAGACUCCUCCACUGAGACGUACACAGAAAUGCCAUCGGAAGAAUUAACCACGAUUACCCUUCUUGUUCCUGCCACAGAGGAUUCAAGCAGCCAGAGUACCAUUUCCACUGAAGCAGCCGCAUCGGAUUCCUUUGAAACCACAACGCCGAUGACUAUUGUUGUUGAGAAGGUCACGUCAGGACUACCAAAGAAAAUCGUCACCACGACACCUACGUUGCCUCUCAAUGAAAUCACGGAAACCACAACAGAGAUGGUCGCCACCACCACACCGGUGUCUCAGCCCGAGGAAACCACGAUUGCUUCAGGCGAUGACGAAGCGACGACAGUGCCGGUAACUUCAGAGCUCCCUGACGAGGCUCGCGAGGAUAUCGAGCCUGAGGUGACCACCACUCACACACCAACAGGAACAGAAUCCAAGACGACCUCCACCACCCAAAGCUCUGCUGCCAUCCCCACCUCCACUAUGGUAAGCACUGAGCGUGUCACAAAGGACAUAACGUUUACUGACGACACCAUCAUCCCCACGACUCUCACUAAUGACGAAGACAUGAUGACCACCACGGAGACCAACGAAGACACGGUUACCACCACGGAGACCAACGAAGACACAAUUACCACCACCGAGACCAACGAAGAAACGGUUACCACCACGGAGACCAACGAAGACACAAUUACCACCACGGAGGCCCCAAUAGUGCACGUCAGGAAGCGGUCAAUCGAAGCUACGCCUCAGACAACCACUACGGACAACAGCACCUUCGAGCAUGAACCUCAGAAGAACGGGACACUCAAUAAUGAGGAUCCUGAGAAGCUCCUUGACGUGACUAUUAAGCUUUUCGACGAGGAGCAUGUCCAAGGAACCGAGUCUUAUGUUGUGGAGUCUCCGUCCUAUCAGGCCACGGAGUCUCCUCAGGAAACCUCGAGCAGUAAAACUGAUGCUUAUGAAGACAGUACAGAAUCUCAUGUACUGAGUGCCCAGUCCUUCAGUAAAGCAACCGAAAUAUACAGUCAAGGAACCGAAUCUUACGACCUAGUAACUGAAACUAGUGAUCAAACAACAGAGAUUAACUUAGCAGGAACUGAGAGUUACGAUCAGAACCAAGUGACUGAGGCUUAUGUGGAGGAUGCCACCACCAUUAGCUAUGACGAGACGACCGAGUCUGGCGUGGCCAAUUCCACCCUUCCCUGGUACUUGGGCGAUGAGUGGGAUGUCGUCAAUGUUACCAGCAACAAUGAUAAUGACACAUCUUCCUCUUCUUCCUCCUCUUCCUCCUCCUCCUCUUCUUCUUCUUCCUCAUCCUCUUCUUCAAGUGAGAGUUCUGAAGGUGAUGAUGAUGAUAGUGAUGAGGACGAUGAAAGUAACGAAGGGCGGGAGUUCGAUUCGCGGGAACUGGCAGAGCUGAAGCUGUACAACUCGACUCAUUACCUGCACGGCGGCCGCUACACGCCCUCCGAGGACAGCGACGAGAGUGACAGUGAUGAGUCCGGGGAAGACGACGAUGAUGAUGACGAUGACGAUGAUGAUGACGAUGACGAUGAUGAUGACGAUGAUGACGACGAUGAUGAUGACGAGGAUGAAGAUGAUGAGGAUGAGGAUGAAGAUGAAGAUGAGGAUGAGAAUGAAAAUGAUGAGGACGAUGAAGAUGAAGAGAAUGAUGAAGAUGAGAAUGAAGAAUCGAUGGAGGGUUACGGCGCCACGUACGGAGAGAUCACACUGCCUGGCCAGAAGUUCCCGUCCACCGUAUGCUUCGAGCCUCGCAUGGUGGUGCGUCCUGAGCCCCCCAGGGACGGGGAGUUCGUGUGGGAGGCUGAGUUGCAGGAGCGCCUUCGGUCAGCCUUCUCGUGGGGCUUCCUCCUGACGCAACUGGUGGCCGGCCGGCUCGCUGGCAUCCUGGGCGGCAAGCUGCUCCUGUUGCUGGGUGUCGCCCUCGCCGCCGUGCUUACCUUGCUGAUACCUGCCGCCGCUCUCGUCGGCCCCUACUGGCUGCUGGCCGCCCGCAUCAUGAUCGGCGCCGCUCAGGGCGUGUGCAUGCCUGCCAUGCAGGCUAUUCUGGCUCAGUGGUCGCCACCGAUGGACCGUACCAUUAUGGCUGCCUUCACCUACUCAGGUUUGGCGGUGGGCGCGGUGAUGGGCGGGCCAGUGUCGGAGUGGGUGGUGACAGUGAUGGGGUGGCGCGGACUCUUCUACUGCCAGGGCGUGGUCGCGUUAGUGUGGUGCGUUGCGUGGCAAUUGCUGACCACCGAGAACCCCAUCCAGCACCCCAAGAUAACCCAGCAGGAGCGCCACCUCAUCACCACCUCCAUCGGGGUGCAGCACGCGGGCCGCGGCCUCCCUGUGCCCUGGAUGCACAUCUUCAGGUCUCGCCAUGUGCUGGCCGUGGUGGUGGCUGAGGUGGGCUUCUCCUGGGCCUGGUUCACGCUGCUACACCACGCACGGGAGUACCUGGUGACCGUGCUGCAUGUGCCCGACCACCAGGUGAGGGUGACGUGGGGCGCGGCGCUGAUGGCCACCUGGGUCACUGCCAUGGUCUACGCCACGAUCGCUGACUGGGUCCGUCGCACCAACCGCCGCUCCACCGUGGCUGUGCGUCGCGUCGCCAUCACCAUCUUUUCAGUGGUGACCGCGGUGUGCCUGGUGGGUGUGGCUCAGUCCCGCUGCUCCCCCGUGGCUGUGCUGGUGUGGUGCGCCAUGGCCCUUGCCCUCGGGUUGUCCGCCGCCUUCUCAUCCUACUUCGCCAACGUGCUGGAGCUGGCGCCCAACCACGCGGCGGCCGUGAUGGGCGUAAGCGGCACGGCACGGGCGGUGGUGCAGGUGCUCUCCCCUCUCUAUGUGGCGUACCUCACCAAUGGACAGGCGACCCUGGAGCGGUGGCGAAUGGUGUGGUACACUGGAGCCAUCGUGCUCCUGCUUACCAACUGCCUCAACUUCCUAAUGGUGUCAUCCAAGGAGCAGGUGUGGAACAGGCCCGUCACCGUGCCCAUCUACCCCAAGCGGGAGGCUAACAUCCUGGCCCAACGAAGGACGCGCCCGCCACGGCCACACUACGUUGGCCCACCACGGGGCAACAAGAACCCCGCCUACGUCUUUACAGAACAUUUGUAAUACACUGAGGCUGGACGGAGCCUUCUGCACCUCAGUCAUGUUCCUGGUGUUGUCCCGCCAGUGAUGGCUUCCGUCAGCGGGCAGCAUUCGUGUCAUAAACUUGCUCAUCUGUGCGCUGCUCGUGGCGCUAGAAAUGCAUCUCAUUCACUUCACUUCAGAA